AAAAAUUUGACAAAUAUUCUCACACAUACUACUGGUACAGUAGUGCGUCUCUGAAAUUCUCCAUUAAUUUUGAGAAAUUGUAGAAUCGGAGAAAUUAAAUCCUAAAUAUAUCGAAAUUCGUAUACCAAGUCUUGCGGUUCUAUAAUUCUUCUACGCAUGUGUAGGAGCUUCCCACACAAGCCGCCGUGUUGAAUUUGCAGUUCCAUUCACGUUCCGUUUACCUAAGCCUGUCUUAUAAGAUCGUGAUCCUGAUAAUGCGAUAGCGAGAGCGAGACGAUCGCAAGCGCCAUCAAACGGUCAGGAUCGUGAAACGUAGCUCGGAGAGGAAACGCUCGCGCCCGGUAGUGCGGUAGUUGUCUCCCAUCUACGUAGAGUCACAGACGCAUGACCGUGUGUACUGUGCCGCUGACAAUGAGCCGCGGCGGUGACUGUGAUAAGUGAUCGCGUACCCUUCCUCGUCGCUAAACGCGUAGUGGCAGUGGAGAAAGAUAGUACUUGGGCCGCGGGAAGAGUCUACCUCUUGAUGACUCGCGCUUUACGCAAGGCGCAACGUAGCCGGAGCCCACAAUUAUGUUCGAUGUACCGCCCAAGUUCUACGAGCUGUGUCGCCUUUGUUUAUCGUCGGACGGUGUCAAAUUGUCCAUAUUCGAGGAGGAGGGCGCCCAGCGAAACUUCGCCGAUAAGAUACUGACGUGCCUGUCGAUUACGGUGAAAGAUGGAGAUUCGUUGCCACCAAUCAUUUGUCACCGGUGCGUAUACAAGUUGGAUGUGCUGCACAACUUCCGUGAAGUGUCACACAAAUCUGAUGUCAUACUCAAACAGUACCUGGAUUAUGCCAAGCAGUUAUCAUCGCACGAUGAUCAGAAGAAAUCUUUCUCCACUGCCAAAGUAGCAGGCUUAAGUCCUCUACAAUCAUUUCUCCAAUUGAACAAGACGCUGUUCAAUGAGGAGCCUAACUCUCCGGCCAGCAUUAAUCAAAACGUUAUACCUCAGACGCAAACGCAUCAUUUGGAGUUGCGCGCCAAUGACAUGCCCGAGCAUGAUAACAUUAAGUGUGAACCAGAGGAUGAUACGUGCUCGAAUAGUUCCGAUCCGGACAGAUUAGAGAUCGAAGAUCGGGACGAGCAGGAUACAGAGGGUGAAGAGAACGGUUACGAUAUGACCAUUAACAAACGGAUGAAAAUGGAAAAUUAUGAGGAAUCAAAAUCGAGUACCCCGAAUCGCAGCCCGGUGAACAGAAUGGACACGCCUGAAAGUAAUUGUUCGGAUACAAACAUCGACCAAGAGACGACCAAGUUAUGGCAGGCGCUAGCAAACAAUAGGAGUUUAGAGAUCACCAGGACGAAUGGCGAUAAACUGAACAACGGGUUUACUGGCGAGGCUACGAAUCUACUCCGUUCUUUAAUCAAUAACAGACAAAUCGGCAUUACCGCUGUCGAUUCGGACAGGGUAUCACCGCAAAUCAGGUUUUAUAGGGACACUCAAGGGACGACGAUCGAACGUACAGUACCUGACUGUUCUGUACUCGGCAAUCGUACCAACGUCCCGUGUAUGGAAAAUAAGGGAACUUCCGUGGACAGCAAUCCGUCCAGUCCAGCCAGCGUCGGUCGGAAAGAGACGAAGGGUCGUAGAAAACAAAGUUAUCCCAGUAAAGCUCCGAUGAGUCCAGACGUUGUUAAUUAUCAGCACGAGUCGAGCGAGGAGCAAGCACAAGAUUUUACGGCAUGGUCGAAUAAGAUGAAGGGAAAGGUAGAGGACCAAAAACAACAAUUCGAUCAGCACAGUGGGAACAUGGCGAAGAAGGUAGACAUGUCCUGCACAAAUUGCGGCACGAUGACCACGACUAUUUGGAGAAGAAACAUGAAAGGGGAAAUGGUCUGUAAUGCUUGCGGGCUGUACUACAAACUUCACGGAGUGAAUCGUCCGGUUACCAUGCGGAGGGACACGAUACACACGCGUAGACGUAGACCGAAAGGCGAAAAACCGACGAGGCACAGAAAAAAAGGUGACGCGAUUAUAGCACCGCAGCCGGAGCAGAUGGAUGCAGAAAGUGCGGACAUGCUGGCAGCUCUUCGACGGCAAAUCCAGCCCCACUUAAUGAUGGCAGCGUUAACGCCGCCUCGUAUACCUGGUGCCCAUGCACCAGCCCCUACCGCUCAACUUAAUUACUCUCUUCCUUUACCUAGUUACAUAAUGCAUCAGCAUGUAAAAGCGGAAGGGCGAGAGCAAUGUCACUUAUCUGCAGAGGCAGAAGAAACCGACGAGGGAGACGUAGAGAACGUCUCGGACGUACCGUUGAACCUAGUCGCGACAUCCUUGUCCGAAGAAGCGCACUGAAAACCGAGCAGCUUCAGGUUCAUUCACUGCUGAUAGGUACACGAUAAAUAUUAAGAAUCUCUAGACAGAGUAAGUCUGUCCGGUGAUACACAGGGUGUAGAAGACGAGAUUGUUCUCCUUUCUGCCACACUCAAUUCUCGUCCAUACGAUCCUCUUUUUUGAGCUCUCUUUUUUCCCCUUAUUAUUCUCGAGAAUUUAAAAGAAAAAUGACGAACAAACAAACAAGAAAGAGGUGGUAGAAUAUUGGGGAUGUGUACAUAUUAUAUCCCUUUAGCUACCAAGCCCGUGGUGCAGAGCGCACGAACGAACGAUGAUAUUAAAUACGCAGUAUUAAUUACUUAUUCAAAAUAUGUACAUAUAUAUACACGAAUACGAAGAAUAUUUUUAUACAAAAUUUUCUACGCUUGCAGCUAUUAGAGAGCGAGACGGGCGAUCGUUGUACAUACACGCGCAAAUUGUUCUUUCGGUGUCGCACGAUAUUUUAAAAAAUGAAAAUGUGGUGGUCGUUGUCUGUUUCCUUAAUGACGUAAAAAAAUCAGUCACCAAUGAUAAAAACGUUUUUAGAACGGUGCUAGCAUACUGUUCGCGGAAAGGUGUAGAAAGUAAAGAAAAUAGCUUAUUGUUAGAAUUCACUGAACGAUUAGUGAACAAAAAUUCAACCGUUUUGUUCCACGGGCUUUUAGCUGUCAGUGACGUUACAAUCAUGAUGGUCUCGUUGUUUUGCGUAAUAUUUAAACUAAAACACGACCCAGCUGAACUUGAGCUAACGAACGAAAUCUAUUUUUUAAUUGGCUUUAACGAGAUGUGAAAUGGAACAGAAAAACGGUUGCACGAUGCGACAAAUAGUUUGCUAAAUCUGGUUUGCCAAAUUAGAUUCGAGCCAGUAUAAAAAGGAACAUAAUCUAGUGGCCUUUCAGCGAUUUAUCUAUUCUCUCUUCCCCUUUUUUUAGCAAACUUGUCUCGCGCAGGAUACGAUCUUAAUUAUCUAGACGACGUAGAUAUAUUUUUACAUAAGCACGAGACUGCCGAUGUAAAUCACGUUUUAAAUACUCUUUCUACCGUUCACGUAUUCUUUUUUCUCCCUCGAAAUAUCGUCUCGACGAAGCUUCUCACGACUGUCCCGUUGACGUUACAGUCAUCAAUUAAUUUGUACUUAAAGCAGCAGCACACCACCAUAUAAAAGCUAAGAGACUCCGAAAGCAAUAAGUAAAACGCGAUGGUACGUAGGAUAGAUUGUCGUCAAACAAUACUCGUUUCGCGUGCUCUCUCGACGACAAUUCAAUAAUAAUUCUUCAGGAAGUAAUAAUACUUAGAUAAACAUUCAUUUAUAUGCCGGAACGUUAAAACAUAACAAAUUUUAUUGCUCCACGAUUACUGUAGGUGCUACCCCCCCACAAAUUUCUUCCUUAUCCGUUUCUCAAAUAGAUAAAAUUUUAACCGUGACUGUGAUUUCUUUUCGUUAUUAUUAGACCGCGGGUUUUAUGCAUUUUUAAAG